CAAUUUGAUCGCGUUUUUUGGGACGUAAGAACGACACAAAUUGAGGACUAAUUUUUUAAUUAUCUCAAGAGAAUAAAAUAUAUACUGGAAUGGUUGACUAUUACCGAGUUCUGGAGGUUACUCGUGGAGCCUCUACGGCAGAGAUAAAGAAAGCGUAUCGCAAGUUGGCAUUGAAAUGGCAUCCUGAUAAAAAUCCAGACAACUCCGAAGAGGCCAAUAGAAAGUUUAAAGAAAUCUCAGAAGCUUAUGAAGUAUUAUCAGAUGAUAAGAAGCGGCGUGUAUAUGAUCAAUAUGGAAAAGAAGGUCUCUCAAAUUCCGGAGGCAGUUGUGGUAGAUCACGCAGAGGACAUGAUGAAGAUUUCGAUAUGCACUUUGGCUUUCCAUUUGCGUUCCGUGAUCCAGAAGAUGUCUUCCGGGAAUUCUUUGGAGGUUCUCCUUUCAGUGAUAUCUUGGCUGGUAUGAAUGGACAUCGGUCGUCUAGUUCUAGGCGCACGAAUCGCCAUUCUCAUCCACAAAACACAGUCUCAUCUCAUAUGUUCAAUCCAUUCUCUUCAUUUGGAUUCGGAAUGUCCAACUUUGGAUUCGAUGAGAUGUUUAUGGUGCCGGAUGGAUUUUCCUCAUUUUCUUCAAGUAUGGAUUAUGGAAGUAAUGUAAAUGGUUCUGUAAAGAGAACUAGCACAUCUACAAAAUUUAUUAAUGGAAAGAAAAUCACUACUAAGAAGGUGAUGGAAAAUGGAAGGGAAACGGUGAUGUCUUACGAAAAUGACAUCCUUACAUCAAAGACUGUGAAUGGCGUUCCACAAGCUAUUAGCUACAGUUAAAUAAAUUAUAUUUAGAACAAUAUAAAUUUAGAUUUCAUCA